AUGGCCGACAAACCCUGGUAUAUCCCUGAAGAAGCCAUCACCGACCGGUCAGUCAAUCCUAUCGCAGCCGGUGGCUUUGGCGAGGUGUUCAAGGCCUCGUACUAUGGCGCCCCUGUCGCCAUCAAGCAGCUCUAUCGAGGCUACAACCAGAACGAACUCGCCGACAUUGGCCGUGAGAUUGGCAUCUGGCACAGACUCAGUCACCCCCAUAUCCUUCCACUCCUCGGCGCCUGCGACACAGCCACCAAACCCUUCAUGGUCUCGCCGUUCAUGCCCAACGGCACCCUCCACAACCACUUUGCCACCGCACCCACCCCUCGUCCUCUGGGUGAAAAGAUCCGCCUUCUCUAUGAGGUUGCCUCGGGCAUGGCCUAUCUCCACGGCAACAACAUUGUCCACGGCGACCUCAAGUCCCUCAAUGUGCUGCUGGAUGGCUCAUCCAAUGCUGUGGUGACCGACUUUGGAAUGUCCCGCACCAAGCACACCUCGGCCUCGGCCAAUCGAACCCGCCGCGACCAGCCGACAGGCGGCACUCUCGAGUAUAUUGCACCGGAAAUGCUCGAUGACGAGCGUCCUACCGGCUCAUCCAAGGCUACCGAUGUCUACGCCUUUGGCGUCACCCUCUACGAGGUCUUCAACGACUGCAAGCACAUCUGGGUCACCGCCGAUGGUCAGCAGAUGAAGGAGAGUGUCGUCGAGCGCCUUGUCCUCCGAGGAGUUCGCCCCAAGCAGUUUGACGGCAUUCCCGACGACAUCCGUGCCCUCAUCGAGCGCUGCUGGCACCAAGACCCCUCCCAGCGACCCAAGUUCCCCGAGAUCCUCGCCAUCCUCCGCCAGUCCACAGAGCUCUAUCCCGCUCAAGACGGAGAGUAUAGGCCCACUAUCAUCGCCCCUCGGAGCUCCGUUUCAUUCGAGUCGUCUCAAGACUGUUCAUCUCCCCGAGCUUUAUUUUCCGGGCCAUCGUCUUCACGAACUCCUCCAAUUGCAUCAUUAUUGGCAUCUGAGCCAGUCCCCGUCAAAAACCCGGCAGAUGUGCAACACCUGCUCAAUUUCCAUACCACGAUCGAUUUUGACUCGGACGAGGAUGCGGACGAUGUUUUUGACCUCUGGUUCGCGAUCGUUGAUGCGUUUAUGCAAAGUCCAAAUAUCAACUCCAACUCGCGCUGA